UCUCUCUCUCUUCUCACUCAUUUCCACUUUCUCACUCCUCCUCUUCCACUCUCUGUUUUUUUUUUCUCUCCUAACAGUUUCAAAUUUUGAGUUCCGAUAAGAUCAGAUCAGAUAAUGGAUACGUUCGUAGUACUGAUACUUGUAUCUGUCAUUACGGCGUAUCUGAUCUGGUUCAAAUCAUUUAUACGACCACUGCGUGGUCCACGUGUAUGGCCCUUAGUGGGUAGUUUACCAGGGUUAAUAGAUAAUGGAAACCGCAUGCAUGAGUGGAUUGCAGAGAAUCUCCGCUCGUGUGGUGGCACGUACCAAACUUGCAUAUGUGCCGUGCCAUUUUUGGCACGGAAGCAAGGUCUUGUAACGGUCACGUGUGACCCUAAGAACCUUGAGCAUAUUCUCAAGGUUAGAUUUGAUAAUUACCCUAAAGGUCCUACGUGGCAAGCCGUUUUUCAUGAUUUGCUUGGAGAAGGGAUUUUUAACUCUGAUGGUAACACAUGGCUAUUUCAGAGAAAGACGGCCGCACUCGAAUUUACCACUCGGACCCUCCGCCAAGCAAUGGGGCGGUGGGUCAAUCGAGCUAUUCGAAUGCGGUUCGUCCCCUUUUUAAAGACGGCUCAGCUAGAGGCUAAGCCGGUUGAUCUUCAAGACUUGUUGCUUAGGCUCACUUUUGAUAAUAUUUGUGGGUUGACUUUUGGGGGUGACCCACAAACUUUAUCACAUGGCUUGCCAGAAAAUGGCUUUGCAACGGCUUUUGAUCAAGCCACGGAAGCUACACUCCAACGAUUUAUUUUGCCAAAGUUUAUUUGGCAGCUUAGGAAAUGGUUCGGUCUUGGUAUGGAAAUCACUCUAAGGGAUAGCGUCGACCACGUGGACAACUACUUGGCUGAUAUCAUUAGUACACGAAAGCUUGAGCUUACAAGUCAGCAGACAAGUGUACAACAUGAUGACUUGUUAUCAAGGUUUAUGAGGAAAAAAGAGUGUUAUUCGGACAAGUUUCUUCAAGAGGUAAUAUUAAAUUUCAUCCUAGCUGGACGAGACACGUCCUCCGUGGCACUCAGCUGGUUCUUUUGGCUUGUGAGUAUUAAUCCACGUGUUGAGGAGAAAAUCCUUAUCGAAAUAUGCACAAUCUUGAAGGAGACACGAGGAGAUGAUGUGAAUUUGUGGAUAGCGGACCCGUUAGAGUUUGAAGAAGUUGACCGAUUGAUAUACCUUAAGGCUGCACUCUCCGAGACACUUAGGCUAUAUCCGUCUGUGCCCGAGGACUCGAAGCACGUGGUUGCCGAUGAUGUGCUCCCUGACGGCACAUUUGUGCCGGCAGGGUCGGCUGUCACGUACUCGAUUUACUCCACGGGGAGAAUGAAGUUCAUAUGGGGUGAAGACUGUUUAGAAUUUAGGCCUGAAAGGUGGUUGUCAUUAGACGGGACCAAAAUGGAGUGGCAAGACCCGUUCAAAUUUGUGUCAUUCAAUGCAGGCCCUAGGAUUUGUCUAGGCAAAGACUUGGCCUACCUACAGAUGAAGUCUAUCGCCGCGGCGGUGCUACUUCGUCACCGGCUCAAUGUAACACGGGGACACAAGGUGGAGCAGAAAAUGUCAUUGACAUUGUUCAUGAAAAAUGGCCUAGUCAUGGAUGUUAACCCUCGAGACUUGUCAUCUAUAGCUGCCAAAAUUAACAAAAAAGUAACCACGACGGCUGAAUAAUUGGCUACUUAUUGAUUUGGUUGGGAAGCUCAGUUAUAAUUGAGCCUUAAAAGGUUGUUAGAGGCUACUUUUGUUUUUGGGCAACGAUGGUUUAGUUGGGGGUUAGAGACUGUGAAUACGAUGCCACAUAUAGAACAAAAGAUAAGCAUUAAAUAUGGUUUGUUACAUUUGGGUAUAUUUAUGGACAAAUAAAGCGACAUUUACUUGUUUUUAUUUACGACAUUGGUUUGGGUAAUUGCUAAAUUUGGAGAAAGAACAUAGAAUAUAGUCUGUAGCUCUCACUGCAGGAAGUUUGUUACCUAGCUCAUGUGUUCAGUUUUGCAUUUUUACUUGCACAUUUCCUUUUACUUUCUUUAGGUUUGUAAUGUUACACAUGAUAAAAGUGCAAAAUACAUUCAGGUA